CAUUGAUUGAGAUGAGCCUGCCCGAGUACGAUACGGUGGGAUGGGGGAUCAUCACUGGGAGUCCGUGGUGGCCCAUGUAUGUGUGCGACCCGAACAAGUUGCGGCCGAAGCUGCACAGGAUGGGUGGCGAGCAUGCGACCGUGCUGAAGAAGGCGAAGAACUUUCCAAACGACUACCGCGUCGUGUAUUGGUUUGGAGAACCCUCCUUCUCUCUCAUGAGGAAGGGUACAAUGAAGGCUUGGAACGGAGAGGAGCAUGCCAGCCUUGUCGAAGGGCAUCCGAAGGGGCCGUUUACCGGCAGCAAAAAGCAAGCACCUAGCACAACGAUCGAACGCCUGCAGAUUGCCAUCCAGGAGGCGGAGGACUUUCUCUCUCAAGACGAGAACAUGCGUUUGCUUCCGAACAUGGUGCCUUCCGACAUGAACCCGUCCAUGCCAACUCCACCGCCGGACGACGACUCGGAAGACGAAGCGGCAGAUGACGACGACGACGACGAUGGCGACGUGGAGAAGGAUGAUGUGGACGUUGCUGCCGCGGAUGGUGGGGACGACGACGACGACGACGAAAAGCCCCUCAAAGCCAAGAAAAAAGACAGCAAAGAAGCCAAAAAAAGCAAGAAAAAAAAACCCUCGUCCAAGCGCAAAGCGUCCAAAUCAAGCGACGACAAGGCCAAAAAACGCAAAAAAAAGUCUUCAAAAGACGAAAAACCUCCGAAACCGCCCAAAGUGUCUGAGGUAGACACGUCCGCCCCAUUGAGUGAUGUCCGAGGCGGCGCCGACGACGCGCUCAAAGUGCGCAUCGAGCACGAAAUCCGGCAGAUUCUGCUCACUGGCGACAUGGAGCUGCUCACGACGCGCAAGAUCCGAAAGCACUUGACCGAGACGCUGCAAAUGGACUUGAAGGACCACAAGGACACGAUCAAAGAGGUUGUCCAUCGCAUCAUUGCCGGCAUGGAGAUACCAGCAGGAACCGCCGCCGCCGCCGCCGAUAAAAAAGAGUCCAAGGAAGAGCCUGGUUUGCUUCCAGAGCCCUCUGACGUGUUGAGAGGAAUUCAAAACGCCUCUGGACUGGACGAUCUACACCAACACGUCGAAACGCUAGUCACGAUCGCUAGUCAACUGAAUGAGGAUCAAAUUGCAUCCAUUUCAGCGCGCGUGAUUGACUGGACGACACACAAGGAUUCGCGGAUUUCAGAACUUGCCAAGUCGCUGGUUGCCACGUGGAAGCUGCAGCUGCCCAGCACGUCGUCGCUGCUGGGUUUGGAUGAGAUUGAGGCGUUGAAAACCACACUUGAAAUCGAAGGGACGCCGAUUGACGUCAUGUUGGAGUCGUUGGCUGCGCUGUCCAAGGAACCCAUUGCGUUGGACUUGUUAAAGAAGACCAAGAUUAUCGUGACGGUGACGCAGCUACGGCACCACACCAACGACAGGGUGGCGUCGGCAGCCAAAGACCUGCGCUAUCAGUGGAAAAAAUACUUUACCGAGCCCAUGUCCAAGGUGGACGCCAUUCGACGCGAGUUGGAAAAGCAUGCGACCGACCACGAAGCGCACGUCGCCACGUUGCACGCGCUCGAUGCCAUGCAAUUGAGUACCCAGCAACUGGUCGAUUCGCAAAUUGGGCAGGUCGUGUCCAAAUUGCGAAAAUCCAAGUACACACAUAUAUAUUGAAUCAACAACCAACGAACGUGAAAACUCGAUAGAAACACAACGGUCGCGACGACGGCCCACGACCUCAUCACCAAGUGGAAGGAAAAAGCCAGCGACGAAAAACGCAAAUAACACUGCAUGGACUAAUAGUAAUACUAUUCUAGUUGUGGUGAUGCUAGAGAUUGUCACGAUCGUGUGUUGCUGUUGAUCCUCAGAAACACUUGGAAUGGACGAUGGCUGGUCCGUGG